AGUUCUUUAAAUCCAGUUGGAUCAGUGACUGAACAUCUCACUGAUCAUAGUUGCUAGAGAGAAAAGAAGGAAAAAAGAAAAAAAAAAAAAAAUGGGUUCCAAAUCUCUCUUCCUCUUCUUUGCACUGCUAUGCUUCUCUGUAUCCCUCAGGUUCGCUUUUGCAGACAAUGAUGAGGAAGCUGAUCCAGGUCUUGUUAUGAACUUUUACAAAGAUACAUGUCCUCAGGCUGAAGACAUUAUCAGAGAACAAGUUAGACUUCUCUACAAGCGCCACAAGAACACUGCUUUCUCUUGGCUCAGAAACAUUUUCCAUGACUGUGCUGUUGAGUCAUGUGAUGCUUCACUGCUGCUGGACUCAACGAGGAGGACCUUAUCCGAGAAGGAGAUGGACAGGAGCUUUGGGAUGAGAAAUUUCAGGUACAUUGAGGACAUCAAAGAAGCUGUUGAAAGGGAAUGCCCUGGAGUUGUUUCCUGUGCAGAUAUUCUUGUUCUCUCGGGUAGAGAUGGCAUUGUUGCUCUGGGAGGCCCUUAUAUCCCUCUCAAAACAGGUAGAAGAGAUGGAAGGAAGAGCAGAGCAGAGCUUCUAGAGCAAUACCUCCCUGACCACAAUGAGAGCAUGUCUGUUGUCCUUGAGAGGUUUUCUGCCAUCGGCAUAGACACCCCUGGAGUGGUUGCCUUGCUAGGAGCACACAGUGUCGGUCGAACCCACUGUGUGAAGCUGGUGCACCGUCUUUACCCAGAAGUUGAUUCAGCCCUUAACCCUCAACAUGUUGAGCAUAUGCUUCACAAAUGCCCUGAUGCAAUCCCAGACCCCAAAGCUGUUCAAUAUGUGAGAAAUGACCGUGGUACCCCCAUGGUUUUGGACAACAAUUAUUACAGGAACAUAUUGGACAACAAGGGCUUGAUGCUUGUUGAUCAUCAGCUAGCUGUUGACAAGAGGACAAAGCCUUUUGUGAAAAAGAUGGCCAAGAGCCAAGGCUACUUCUUCAAGGAGUUUUCAAGAGCCAUCACCAUUCUUUCUGAGAACAACCCUCUCACUGGUACAAAGGGUGAGAUCAGGAAGCAAUGCAAUGUUGCAAACAAACACCACUAGACAACCUUAGCUUUUGGGAAAAAACUACCGUGCCUCAAACUUUUUUCUAUCCCUUCAUUGUUAUGCUGGAUUAGAAGAGUUUGAGAUUUGCAGAAAUAAUAUGUUUUUUUUUCAUUUCAUGUCUGGUAUGCACUGUUUUCUGAUGUAGGUUUGUCAUAGUGGUGAUGUUAAAUUUUAGGAUGUAUGUAUGUAUGUAUGGAUGGUGGUUGAUCUAUGUAUGAUGCAUGGAUUGCAAUGAUGAUGGUUAUCCAUGCUUUGCAAGCAUCUUCUUUUGAUGGUAA